AUAAAAUUAUUCAAAACACCUCUUUUAUUCUUCCAAAUGCUUCUCAUUCUUGGGGAGAGAAAUAUUAUGUGUGUUAUCUAUGCAGAUUUAGCAGAAAUAAGAUCCUACGUAUGAUGGUUUCACAAAACAGUGCAAUAUUAAGUUAGGACUCUAAGCGUCGCUGUUCACUAACCCGGGUAAGAAAAGCAAUGAGAACUCGAGUUUGAUCCUCCAAGCACAAAGCAGACUAGACACGAAAGCUCUCCAGCUGCGCAGAAAUUCUGACCUAAAAUGCUUCGCAUCUUAUCUCUGCUUGUUUAUGGACCUUGACUUCUAAUUCUGAGAAGCCCCAAAGUGAUGCGAACUUGUUCCCCCUAUUCACAAUCCAGGUAAGUCCAUAACAAGCGAAUAAUGGCGGCGCUGCAAAGGCGCCAGCACCGCCGCGGGUUAGUCGUGCUCUUCAUGCUCCUGGAGACGUUGUCGGGGGCCGGGGCUGGACCGAUCCGUUACUCCAUUCCUGAGGAGCUGAACAAAGGCUCCUUCGUAGGCAACAUUGCCAAGGAUCUCGGGCUGGAGCCCCGGGAGCUAGCGGAGCGCGGACUCCGCAUUGUCUCCAGAGAUAGGACGCAGCUUUUCGCUCUGAAUCCGCGAAGCGGCAGCUUGAUCACCGCUGACAGGAUAGACCGGGAGGAGCUUUGCGCUCAGAGCGCGCGGUGCCUGGUGAGUUUUAACAUCCUCCUUGAGGAUAAACUGAAUCUUUAUCCCAUAGAAGUGGAAAUAAUGGACAUUAAUGACAAUACACCCCGAUUCUUAAGGGAAGAAUUGGAAGUGAAAAUUUCCGAAAACGCAGCCCCAUCCUCUCGUUUUCCACUAAUGGAGGUCUAUGACCCAGAUGUGGGAAUGAACUCUCUUCAGGGCUUCGAGCUCAGCGGGAAUAGUCACUUCUCAGUGAAUGUGCUGAGCAAAGCCGAUGGGCCCAAAUAUCCGGAGCUGGUGCUGGAACAUGCCCUGGACCGGGAAAGAGAGGCCAUUCACCACCUGGUCCUUACUGCCAUGGAUGGCGGUGACCCUGUCCGCUCAAGCAUGGCACGAAUUCUGGUGACUGUCCUAGAUGCGAAUGACAAUCCUCCAGUGUUUACUCAGCCUAUUUACCGUGUGAGUGUUCCUGAAAAUCUGCCAGUAGGUACGCCAGUGUUGUCGGUAAAUGCCACCGACCAGGAUGAAGGAAUCUACGCAGAAAUAACAUAUUCCUUCGUGAGGAUAACAGAAAAGAUCUCCAAGAUUUUCUGCUUGAAUGCUUUGACUGGAGAAAUAUCAACUUCCGCAAAUCUAGACUAUGAGGACUCGAGCUUAUAUGAGCUGGAUGUUGAAGCCCGGGAUGGGCCAGGUCUACAAGACAGAGCAAAAGUCUUAGUAACUAUCUUGGAUGUGAACGAUAAUGUACCGGAAGUGGUAGUAACAUCUGGAAGCAGAUCAGUUGCUGAAAGUGUGCCUCCAGGAACAGUAAUCGCUCUUUUUCAAGUAUAUGAUCGAGAUUCAGGGCUGAAUGGCCUGGUAACAUGUUCCGUCUCGGGAAAUCUGCCAUUUGAAUUGGAAAAAUCAGUAGACAAUUAUUAUCGACUAGUGACCAAUAUAGAACUAGAUCGAGAACAAGUACCCUUGUACAACAUCACUGUGACAGCCACAGACAAAGGAAUGCCACCUCUGUCUACAGAAAUGCUCAUCUCCCUAGAUGUGGCAGAUACCAACGACAACCCACCGGCCUUUCCCCACUCCUCCUACUCUGUCUAUGUCCCUGAGAACAACCCCAGAGGUGCCUCCAUCUUCUCUCUGACUGCACACGACCCCGACAGUGAUGAGAAUGCACGGGUCACCUACUCACUGCCUGAAGACACCAUCCAGGGUGCGCCUCUAUCCUCCUAUGUCUCCAUCAACUCUGACACAGGCAUCCUGUAUGCACUGCACUCCUUCGACUAUGAACAGUUCCGUGAUCUGCAACUGAGAGUGAUUGCACAUGACGGUGGGGACCCACCACUCAGCAGCAACGUGUCACUGAGCAUAUUCGUGCUUGACCAGAAUGACAACCCACCAGAGAUCCUGUACCCCUCACUCCCCACUGACGGUUCCACAGGCGUGGAGCUGGCACCUCGCUCUGCAGAGCCUGGCUACCUGGUGACGAAAGUGGUGGCAGUGGACAGAGACUCAGGCCAGAACGCCUGGCUGUCCUACCGCCUGCUCAAGGCCAGUGAGCCAGGGCUUUUCACCGUGGGGCUGCACACGGGUGAGGUGCGCACGGCACGGGCCCUUCUGGACAGAGACGCACUCAAGCAGAGCCUGGUGGUGGCCAUCCAGGACCAUGGCCAGCCCCCCCUCUCAGCCACUGUGACUCUCACCGUGGCUGUGGCUGACAGCAUCCCAGAUGUCCUGGCUGAUCUGGGCAGCCUAGAGGUCCAGAACAACUCUGAUGCCUCAGGCCUCACGCUGUACUUGGUGGUGGCAGUGGCUGUAGUCUCCUGCGUCUUCCUUGCCUUUGUCAUUGUGUUGCUAGCGCUCAGACUGCGGCGCUGGCACACGUCACGCCUGCUCCAGGCUUCAGGAGGCGCGUUGGUGGGCGUGCCCGCCUCGCACUUCGUGGGCGUGGACGGGGUGCGCGCUUUCCUGCAGACCUAUUCCCACGAGGUCUCCCUCACCGCGGACUCGCGGAAGAGUCACCUGAUCUUCCCCCAGCCCAACUACGCGGACACGCUUCUCAGCCAGGAGAGCUGUGAGAAAAGCGAGCCUCUUCUGACUCAGGAAGAUUCAGGUUUUUGUAAAGAGGGAGACUCCCUUGUUCAGCUGAUUUUUCUCUAUGUGCGAUAAAAUGUGAGGCAAUGCCCAAGAGUCAUUUCAAAGUUGCGAUGCAAAGCAGAGAAUUUAAAAA